AUGGCCAACAGGUUAAGACCAACCCCCUCGCCGCGGGAUCGCCGACCCUCUCCCCGCAAUAAUAAUGGCUUCGCCCUGCAAGGAGCUCUCCAAGCCUUCAACGAUGCAACGCCUGUCAAAGUCAACCAACGUCCGAUAAUGAAUGUAUCGGAUACCCCAAUCUCGCUCCUUGAUUCCGAUCCAGACCCUCCCCCAGAAUUGCCGCAGCCUGGCUCGAUUAAAGAUAAAAUUGCGAAAUUCAGUGCAACCACAAACCCAGCUACACUCGCCCCCAAUGACAGACCCAGAGCUGGUAUCGCCCGAGAGAAAAGCCCGCAGCUGCUCGCUGCUGAAAUUGCAGUUGGCAACUCACCUGCUCCCAGCACCAAGAUAACAAAUGUGGGCGUGCAACGAGUUGAAUCGCAAAGAAAUGCCCUCAAUAGGGGCCUUCCAUCCCCGGUCCCGAUCCGGAGAACGACGGUGAAUCAUCGCUUGUUAGACCUGUCUUUAGAUGAUGAUCGAGUAAUCGCCUCCGCAAGUCCACCGUUUGAACAGAAACCCGCCUCGCGCGAGCCUUCGACAUCACCCCGACCACCGCCCCAAAUAACAAAGCCCCGACCCGUUCCGCCAGCACCUCGAAAACCAGGUUCAACCUCACAUGGUGCUCAGCUUCAACAACGCAGAACCUUCAAUGAGCCUCCUAAUAGCUCUUCACCUCUUCGAACCAAGGCCUCCCAAUCUAAUCUAUCUGAGGAGCCGGCUCCAGCACUUCCACCGCGGCGAGCAGCAACCGUGCCAACCAAAAAUGCUCAAGUCUACCAGCUAUCUCCGAACCGAGUCAAAUCGCCGACGUGGCAAUCGAAUUCAAGUGUCGCUUCUUUUUACAGUCAGUCGCAGAACCCCAGUAGCUCAAGCAUGCUUGACAGUCUUCCCGAUGUGGGUAGAGACGGGGCUUCCGAUGCAGUAGCAGCUUCAUCAUUGGCGUCGAGCCGAGCAUUACAGUCGAGAAGGUCUCCUCCGCCUCCUCCACCAACACGCAGACGAAGAUCACGCUCUCGUUCACUAUUACAACUACAGCAUCAGUCAAAAAAGGACCGAGGGCCUAAUCCCAGUCCUGGAGGCCUUCGUGAGACGCUGCGGACACAGGCCAAAUCAGACGACGAGGAAGAAAAUGAUCACCGGCAUCGUCGCCGCAUAAUCCACAAGCAUCCCCAUAAACACCAGGAAGGGGACCGACGAAGGUGGAGAAGUGAAGUCACCGAAAAAGAGCGCAAGAGAUAUGAAGGCGUUUGGGCCGCUAACAAAGGCCUUCUUAUACACCCCAGCCAAGUACUGGACGCAAAGAUCCCACCGCAGGAAUCCCCGUCAGACAUGUAUCCGCACGGUGCCCUGGAGAUGGUUGUAAGUCUUGUGGUCCGGGAUAUAUGGUCAAGAAGCCGCCUUCCGGACCAUGUCCUAGAGCAAAUAUGGAAUCUCGUGGACGGGCAGAAAAUCGGCCUGCUCACCAAGGCUGAAUUUGUCGUGGGAUUGUGGUUGAUCGAUCAACAACUAAAAGGACAUAAGCUUCCUGGAGCUGUUCCUGAUAGUGUUUGGGCCAGCGUUGCCCGUACACCUGGCAUAUCCCUCGAUGACUAUCGCCCAUGA